CCUCUCCUCUCCCAGGUGCUGAUCAUCGGUGGUGGCGACGGGGGAGUGCUGCGAGAGGUGGUGAAACACCCGACCGUGGAGUCUGUGGUGCAGUGCGAAAUCGAUGAGGAUGUGAUCCAGGUAUCUAAGAAAUAUCUCCCAGGGAUGGCAGUGGGGUAUUCCAGUGCCAAGCUGACCUUGCAUGUGGGAGAUGGUUUUGAGUUCAUGAAACAAAAUCAAGAAGCCUUUGAUGUGAUUAUCACGGACUCGUCUGACCCCAUGGGUCCUGCAGAAAGCUUAUUCAAAGAAUCUUACUACCAGCUGAUGAAGACAGCCCUGCGAGAAGAUGGGAUUCUUUGCUGCCAAGGUGAGUGCCAGUGGCUGCACCUGGAUCUCAUUAAGGAGAUGCGUCAGUUCUGCAAGUCUCUGUUCCCUGUUGUGGAAUACGCCUAUUGCACCAUCCCUACAUAUCCCAGCGGGCAGAUUGGCUUCAUGCUCUGCAGCAAGAACCCGAACACAAAUUUCCGGGAGCCUGUGCAGCAGCUCUCACAGCAACAAGUAGAGGAGAGGAGUCUGAAAUACUACAACUCUGACAUUCAUCGGGCAGCUUUCAUUCUGCCAGAGUUUGCACGGAAGGCCCUGAGCGAUGUGUGAGACUGAGAAGCUGCUUCCUUCCUUCAAGUUGGACCCUGAGAUCAUCGGUGAUGUGGUUGGGACCUUCCCAGCAGACUGCAGAUUUGCUCUUCUCUGUGUGGGAUUGUUUAACCCUUUGCCAGCCAACAUUCCCUUUGAUGAUGUGUUAAAGAUGAUGGGGCAUAAGCCAGAUAAGACUAUUGAAAAGGUCCAGUGACUUAUUGCGCGAGGUCAAAACUGUUCUUUCCAGUGCUGGAAAUGUAAGAUGUCUUUUUCCUUUCUCUCCUCCCUGCACCCCUUCUAAAUUCUCCCCUCCCUGUGCCCCCCCCAUCCCACCUCCACCCCCUGCAACUGACAUGGUGUAUUUAUAACUGACACGUAUUUCUGUCUGCUGAUCUUCUGAAACCUGGGAAGAGUCCAGAAGGGUCACUGACUCAGCCUUAAGCACAGAGAGCGAGAGC